GCGGUUUCUUUCCCAGAGGUCGUCGCUGUGUUUGCGUCGUUGGCGCCAUCGUGCUCGAUUCUUCUUUUUUUUUUUAUACCCCUUCCUUUUUCCCGAAUCUUCGGCGGCCGAGGCCGGUGCAUCAAAGGGCGCAAGCAGCAUGGAGGACAGCGAUAUGGAUAACAUGGGCUCCCUCCGCCCGCAGACCUUCCUUUUCGGCUGUGAACUGAAGGGCGAUAAGCCAUAUCACUUUAAGGUGAACGAUGAAGAAAACGAACAUCAGCUUUCUCUAAGAACGGUUAGCUUAGGAGUUGGUGCUAAAGAUGAAUUGCAUGUUGUUGAAGCAGAAGCAUUGGACUAUGAAGGCAACCAGAUAAAAGUCACACUGGCAUCCUUGAAGAUGUCGGUUCAGCCUACGGUUUCAUUAGGUGGCUUUGAAAUUACACCUCCAGUAAUUCUGAGAUUGAAAAGUGGUUCAGGGCCUGUCUAUGUCAGUGGACAACACCUUGUAGCUUUAGAGGAAGAACCAGAAUCUGAAUCUGAAGAUGAAGAUAAAGUACAACAAAAUAUGGUAAAAAGACCUGCAGGUGUGACAUUAGCUAAAGUUCCCCUGAAAAAAGCAAAGAUGGCAGACAAGGAUUUUGAAGAUGAUGACGACGACGAUGAUGACGAUGAUGAAGACGAUGAUGAUGAAGAUGAGGAUGAAGAGGAGGAAGAUAAGACUCCACAGAAAAAACCUGCCAGAGAUUCUUCUGUGAAGAAAACACCAAAAUCAAAACAGAAUGGAAAAGAUUCUAAAUUGGCAACACCAAAGUUGACAACAUCCAAAUUGAAAACUCAAGAAACCCCAAAAGGAAAGGCAGCAGAGACUCCCAAAUCACCACGGCCUGCAAAAUCACCAAAACAAUUCUCUAUAGAGGAGAUAAAAGCAAAAAUGCAGUCAAUCAUGGAAAAGGGAAUGAAUCUUCCUAAGUUAGAAGCCAAGUUUGCAAAUUAUAUUAAGAGUUGUUACAAGGCAGAAGACCCCAAGGUGAUUCAAGAGCUCUGGCAGUGGAGGCAGUCUUUGUAAGCAAGAAGUCAAAUGGCUCCAUUUUAAACGAUGGUCCUGUGUGUUUAACCAUUAAUAUCUGACUGAAGCUUUCUCUCCAGAGUCCAAUUAAUGUCAUCCACAUUAUUUUGGCAAAAAUGUAUGGUCCACAAUGCCUGUUCAGUUUUUUAAUACCAAGAUUCCAUCCUUUUCAUUUAAAAUAUGUAUGGAAAUGUUUUGAUAAUACAUAGUAGUGGUGAUCUGGGAAGAGGGAGACUAAAUGUAAAUGUGAAAAUAAAAAUUUAGUAUUU